ACAAGCAAAGGUACCGGGUACGACUUUGUCCUUUUUUACAACAUUAAGGAAGGGGACAACAUCGCUUUGAAGUCCAUAAGGCCCACUCAAACACCACCAAAAAGGGAACUAAAUACCGAAAAUGUCUGCAAAUAAAGAUGGUGAUGGUGGAUGGAAGAGCUUUAUCUGGAAUUCUGAAAAGAAGGAAUUUUUAGGACGCACAGGCGGCAGUUGGUUCAAAAUCUUCAUCUUCUACGUAAUCUUCUAUGGCUGCUUGGCAGGAAUUUUCAUUGGCACCAUCCAGGCCAUGCUCCUGACUCUCAGCAACUACAAGCCCACAUACCAGGACAGGGUUGCACCUCCAGGCUUAUCACACUCCCCACGCCCGGACAAAGCGGAAUUCGUCUUCUCCAUGAACGAUAAUAAGACUUACAGUGCAUAUGUGGAUAAUAUUAAGGAGUUUUUGAAAGCAUAUGACAGCAAAAACCAGAACGAUGACACCAAAUUUGAAGACUGUGGAGCGACACCCCGAUCCUAUAUUGAGCGUGGAGAUCUGGAGAGCGAUGACGGUGUGAGGAAGGCCUGCCGCUUCGAUAGAGAGUGGUUGAAGGAUUGCUCAGGAAAGAAAGAUGACAAAUUCGGCUUUAAAGAAGGCAAACCCUGCCUCAUUGUUAAGCUCAAUAGGAUUGUGAACUUCAGGCCACGGCCUCCAGCUUCAAAUGAGAGUAUCCCUGAACCAAUCCGCCCUAACGUUCAGGGCAAUCUGAUUCCAAUCCACUGCACAAACAAGAGAGAAGAGGACGCAGAACAUCUCGGACAGGUCGAGUACUUCGGGGUGGGGGCUGGCUUCCCCCUCCAGUAUUAUCCUUACUACGGAAAGCUGCUACAGCCCCAUUACCUCCAGCCUCUGGUGGCCAUCAAGUUCCACAACAUCACUCCGAAUCACGAAAUGCGCAUAGAGUGUAAAGUAUUCGGACAGAACAUCGAUUACAACGAGAAGGACCGUUAUCAGGGACGUUUUGACAUCAAAAUCACCAUCAACUCAUGACCUUAGCUAUGAAAAUAGCACUUUUAUUCUGCCCAUUUCAAAACACAGUAAUUUCGGAUGAAUAAACGAAGACAAGUACAAAUUCAAUUGGAAAAACAACUACGACAACUAGUCUUGAACAAAGUUUCAUAACAUACGGGACCUACACUUAAUCUGAACGCUUUACACUAGCUUUCUCUGCAUGUCUAGGGUUAGAAUGUAAAUUACAGGAAGAGUAGCAAUAGCAAAGUAUUUAUUCUACUGUAAAUGCGAAUAUUCCGUGAGCCAUGGGACGUUCAUUUAUUACUGUAAAUUAUAAUUCCACUACUGAUGUAGCGAGCAGUGUUUCUGUCCCCUGAGUAUUUCUGCCUAGUGUGGUCUCUUUAUAUUUUAUGGAGUGUGCAGUGCUGUAGUCGCAUACGAUGGUCCUUUCCAAGCCAUGUUGUCAUUUCUGUUGUCUUAUGUGAGAAAGCCUUAGCGGUCCAAGGUGUGUGUGUGUGUGUGUGUGUGUGUGUGUGAGAAAGAGAGAGAGAGAGUUUGAGUGUGAAUGUGCGUAUUCGUCUACUUAAAAACUGAAAAUACUGGCAUGGUACGCUCUGAACUCCCCAGGUCUGUGUGUGUGUGUGUGUGUAAGUGACUGCACUCCGUUCAAACCUUUCUUUCCUUUUCUUUCCAAUUUCCAUGAUUGUGGGGAAUAUGUUUUUACAUCACCAUUUGACUUUUUAUUUGAUCAUCUUGCAAUUUGGGAAACUGGGGCUAAUGACAAUUCUGUGUAAGGCUUUUAUUUUCCUUUACUAUUAAGUGUAGAACUGUGUGUCUAGUCUGGAGGACUGAAGUGGCCAGUGGUCACCAUGGCAACUCAGUGCAUUUAAUAUUUUUUUGUUUUGUUUUGGAGACAUCACAUGACGUGGUGUUACUUUCUAAUGAAUGUUUUAGCCAUUUUCAUGGUGGAAGAAUUUUAUAUUUAUGCAGUUGUACAAUUUUUUCAGCAGGAGAAAGUGUAAUGUAUGAAUCCAAAAACCAAAGUCACUGGUCAAAGGUUAGAAACCUAUCAGAUGCAAAGCAGUACCCCAUGUAAUAGGAUAUUUUGUUUUGUUGUUUAAAGUUCUUAAAAGUCAUUGUUGGACACCAGAACACUUGUCAAGAGUUGAAUUUGCUCUUGUAAUGUUAUUUAAAUCUUGGUAAGACCUAAGAAGAAAUAAAUGGACAGACAACUGA